AUGUCCCUCCACACCUCCUACCACGCCGACUCCGAUGCGGACGAUGAGUACGAGCGCAGUGUCAUAACUUCACCACACCUUCACAUCGACUCGGAAUCUUCUCCCACCGACUCCUCCAUUCAUUCAUCCGAACACACUCCGACCAAAUUUGGACAUCCGAUCGAUGGGCCUCGCUCACCGCGAACACUCAUUAUCGAAUGGGGUAUCGAUGAGUGCAAUGAAUUUUUGACCUCACUUGGACUACUGCAAUACCAUGGCACAUUUCGGGAGAACGGGAUUGUCGGUGAAGCCUUGAUUGCCCUGAAGCAUGAGGAGCUGAAGGAAAUGGGCAUCAACAGUGUGGGACAUCGACUGACGAUUUUAAAAAGCGUGUAUGAAAUCAAAGUCAAGCAAGAUGUUCCUCUCGAUGCAGAUCAUUACAUACCACUUACUGCUGACCAGAGUAUGAAUGAAACUGCGACACAAGAGGAUCUCGCACGUUUAAUCAAGUCGAUCCAAGUUCGAGACGAGAAGCUCAUGUUGGUUGAAACGGAGUUGCGCCGGAUCACAGACGAUUACCGGCGAUUGCGCGAAGAAAUCCUGCCAGUGAUCAAAGUCGUAAAAGAUCGGUCACAGCCAUUGCCUCCGCCUUCUUCGCAUGGGCAAUCUUCAGAAAACUGGCACGACAGCACGGCCACUCUCACGUCAACUCCCCAACCUACAAUCACCCAGGAACUUUCUUCAUCGUCGAAAAUUGCGCGGGCCUUUUCCAAGCGCAUUCAUCCUAACAGUGCCUCAUCCAAACUUAACUCGCCAACAUACCCUCCAUCUACAGGCUAUGAUGGACGCUCUCAUCACGACACUCUUAAUCCGUCCGGCACAGCCUUGGCCCCCUCAUCCCAUUUGACAGCCUCAAUGAAUGGAGGGUCACAACUGUCACCUGGAAUUCCUUCACCAACAUCACCUCACCACCACCACGCUCACCCCCAGACACUCAAUCCACGAUCAUAUACCCAACCACUCUCCAGUGCAAACCGCAACACGGCCUAUGAUUAUGCCGAACCGACCCCGACAAUACAUUCUAGAGACCGAUCCACUCCGAGUCAGCUUACAGCAUCCCGUGUCGAGACACCAUCUACUGCAUCACGUUUGGACCCACGACUCGACAGGUCUGACUCACGGGGUGGUGGCGGCGGAGGUGGAGGCAGCGAGAAUCCAAAUAGCGUGGAAAUCUUCAAGUCCUUCCGUGUCUCUUGGGAAGACCCCUGCUACAAGGUCCUACCAGCUGCUCUCAAGAAAUACAACAUCAACUCUGACUGGAAGAACUACGCGCUUUACAUUGUGUAUGGAGAUCAAGAGCGUUGUUUGGAAUUGAAGGAGAAACCCCUUCUCUUGUUCAAACAGCUAGAAAAGGAAGGACGGAAGCCAAUGUUCAUGUUGCGGAAGAUCCACGUGGACAACGCUUCGGGAAAUUCAGGGCUUGGUGCACUAGCACCCAACGGCGCUAGCUUCAACGGUGGUCAAGGACAAAUCAAUCUUCCAGGCGGCGUGCUCUGA